UGAACCUGUUGAUUUUUCUCCAAUAGCGACUUCAAGCGAUGGUAAUGUCGCAACUGCACCUAAUGAUAAAGCUAUCAUUACUUUAUUCGAACAAACUGAUGCUUUCUUGUUUUCGUUCAACAAGGGUGAUCGGAAUAAUAUGGGAAGGAUUAGUUCAUUAUGUGUGUGGGAAUUUAUUCAUAAUUGUAGAGAGUGCGGUCCAUGUUUUGGUACAACGGACCUAUGGAUUACUCCUAAGGUUGCUCAUUCAACGAGGUUUAAUAUUCCUUAUCAAUGUUUAGAGAAUUUUGGAUAUCAUCGACAAGAUUCAUACGAGAUCAAUUUAAGGGACGAACCGGGUGGUUUUCAAUUCGUAGAUUACGAGGUUUUUCAGGUGGUUCGUGUUUAA